GUUGAAAACCGUUGCUUUACAGACACUCCUGAACGCUGCUGCUCUUGAAUGCUCUUCUCUUCUCUCCGAACGUUGCCAAGUUGCCGAAGCGAAGAGAACCUCCCCGCAGCUUGGUUGAGAGGUCAGAGCAUACAGCACGUCGUCCGCUGCUCAGCGUGCACUGCAGCCCUGACUGAUCACUGUGCAUCAAAGUCUGAGGAUGAAGAUCGCUGUGCUGGGAGCCACUGGGCAGACUGGACAGUAUCUGGUCAACCAGGCACUGCAGCAGGGUCACACGGUCACCGCCGUCGUCAGGAACCCGGGGAAACUCGCCGUGCAUCAUGACAAUCUCAAGGUGGUGGAAGGUAAUAUUUUCUCAGUGGACAGUCUGAAGUCUCAUUUUAAAGGACAGGAUGUGGUCAUGUCCUGCCUCGGCUUCCAGGCCUCCUUUUUCUCGGCAGUGACGGGCUACACCCUCUCCAUGAAUGCGGUGCUCGGCGCCAUGCGAGAGGCCCGGGUCAGCAGGAUCAUCACCAUGACCUCCUGGUACACCGAGCCUAACUCUGGAACUCAGUCGUCAUACCUCAUCCGGUUCCUCCUGCUGCCGAUGAUCCGCAGCGUCCUCACCAACAUGUUCGAGAUGGAGCAGUUUCUGCAGAAGACUGAGGACAUCAACUGGACCGUGGUUCGCCCACCUGGUCUUCAGAACCUGCCUGCCUCAGCUCAAGAGUUCCUGACCCAUGAGGGAUACUUUGUGCCCGACAGCAACGGUCAGCCAACCGGCAGCAGAGUAGGAAGAGGAGACGUAGCUCGCUUCAUGCUGUCUCUGCUCAACAGCAACGCCUGGGUGAAGAAAGGAGUCGCCAUGACCACUAAAUGAGGAAGAAGAAGCCGGUGUUGGCAUUAUUAAAGGUUUGCUUCACCCAAAUUACAUAAAACAUAUUUUCUUACUUAGUGCAGAUAGUUUUUGUUUAAGUUGUCCUGGUUUUUAUCCAUUUCUGAGAGUUUUGCCUCCAACAAAAUACAAUCAAGGUGAAUGUAAGUUAUUGAUUGACAGCACUGAAUAAUUAAAGCUGCAAUAAUUGAUAUUUUUAUACAAACAGUGGAUCAAAUGAUUAAGUAUCAAAUAAAUGUUUAUAAAUGUAAUAUUUAAUGCUGUGAAAACCACUAACAAACUUCCUUCCACCACUGUUGUAUUUGAGGUUGGAGGCAAAUCUCAGUAUGUCAAAACCUGGACAUAAAAUAAGCUUUUUGCAUGACUAGAUAAUGCUAGAAAUAUGUGAGAAAAUAUGUUUGCUUGUAAUUUGGGUGAACUGACCCUUUAACAAAAUGUGCAGGCCUCUUCCUCGCCUUCACAGUGUGCUUCACAACAGCUUUAAUUAAUCUAAUGAAUGUGUUUUCAUUUACUUGUUGUAAUGCUUUUGUCUUUGAACGUCUCAUCAGUAAGUGUGCCAUUUAUUUAUGUUGGUGUUUCUGCUCUGAGUGGCGACCACACAUGUGAUUGUAGUACAUAAUUUCAGCCACAUGAGGGCAGCUGAACCUAAU